CCCUUCCCACUACCCAGCAUGCUAGUCGGUGCGCACUGAUCCGCUGCUACUGGAGGUAAUAUGGCGGCCAUCAGCAAAUACCUGACAGCUAAAAACUCUUCGAUAGCCGGUGGAGUCCUACUCGUUUUAUACAUCCUGAAGCAAAGAAGAAGAGGGGGCAAGUCAAACGGUGAAAAAAGAGGCUCAGAACUGGUGUUGAGCAAUGAAGACAAAGCGGCCAAGAAAGACCGGGCGGCGGUGGACUAUGUCUUCUUCCUCAGAAUCAGCAAGAUCAUCCGGAUAAUGGUGCCUCGAUGGUUCUGCAAAGAGACAGGAUACCUUCUCCUCAUAGCUGCUAUGCUGGUGGCCAGGACAUACUGUGAUGUAUGGAUGAUCCAGAACGGAACAAUGAUUGAAAGUGCAAUUAUCGGUCGCUCCAACACAGACUUCAAGAACUACUUGUUCAACUUUUGCAAAGUCAUGCCACUUAUUGCAUUGGUGAAUAACUUCCUGAAGCUGGGUCUGAAUGAGCUGAAGCUGAGGUUCAGAGUUCGGCUAACCAAACACCUCUACGACGAGUACCUCAAAGGAUACACGUACUAUAAAAUGGGUAACCUGGAUAACCGCAUCGCUAACGCCGACCAGCUGCUGACUCAGGACGUGGAGAGGUUCUGUAACAGCGUGGUGGACCUCUACUCCAAUCUCAGCAAGCCUCUCUUGGACAUUGGACUGUACAUCUUCAAGCUGACGUCUGCCAUCGGCGCCCAGGGCCCAGCGAGUAUGAUGGCCUACCUGCUGAUCUCAGGCCUGUUCCUGACCAGACUGCGGAGGCCCAUCGGUAAGAUGACGGUGACCGAGCAGCGGUACGAGGGAGAGUACCGAUACGUCAACUCACGACUCAUCACCAACAGUGAGGAGAUUGCCUUCUACAACGGGAACAUGAGAGAGAAACAGACGAUUCACUCAACAUUUAAGAAACUGGUCGACCAUUUGCACAAGUUCAUCUUCUUCCGCUUCUCCAUGGGCUUCGUGGACAGCCUGAUCGCCAAGUACAUAGCCACUGUGGUGGGCUACCUGGUGGUGAGUCGGCCCUUCCUCAACCUGGCCGACCCCCGCCACAUGAACAGCAGCCAACCUGAGCUGUUGGAGGACUACUACCAGAGUGGCAGGAUGCUGCUGAGAAUGUCCCAGGCUCUGGGAAGGAUCGUACUGGCUGGGCGAGAGAUGACCAGGCUCUCUGGGUUCACCAUGCGUAUCACUGAGCUCAUGAAGGUCCUGAAGGAACUGAACUCUGGGAAGUACGAGCGCACCAUGGUGUCUCAUCAGGACAAGGAAUCAGAAGCUGUAGAAAGAGUCCCGCUGGUCCCGGGCAGCGGACGGAUCAUCAACGUAGACCACAUCAUCAAGUUUGAACACACACCACUAGCAACACCCAAUGGAGAUGUCCUGAUCAAGGACCUGAGCUUUGAAGUGAGGUCUGGUACCAACGUGUUAGUGUGUGGGCCCAAUGGCUGUGGCAAGAGUUCACUCUUCAGAGUACUGGGAGAGCUAUGGCCCCUGUUUGGAGGACAGCUGACCAAGCCUGAGAGAGGGAAGCUCUUCUACGUUCCUCAGCGACCGUACAUGACCCUUGGCACGCUGAGGGAUCAGGUGAUCUACCCCGACACCUAUGAGGAGCAGAAGAGGAAAGGCAUCACUGACCAGGUGCUGAAGGAGUACCUGGACAACGUCCAGCUGGGUCACAUCCUGGACAGAGAGGGGACCUGGGACACCGUGCAGGACUGGAUGGACGUCCUCAGUGGAGGAGAGAAGCAGAGGAUGGCGAUGGCCCGGUUGUUCUACCACAAGCCUCAGUUUGCCAUCCUGGAUGAGUGCACCAGUGCUGUGAGCGUUGAUGUGGAGGACUUCAUCUACAGCCACUGCAGAACGGUUGGCAUCAGUCUGUUCACUGUCUCUCACAGAAAGUCUCUGUGGAAACACCAUGAGUACUACCUUCACAUGGACGGGAGAGGUAACUACGACUUCAAACCCAUCACCGAGGAGACCAUCGAGUUUGGCUCCUAGACGAACACGCGCACCAUCAUUUGUCCUAGAGGAAGGUGUCCACUAAUUCUGCACUUAAAACAAGUUUUGAACUAAACCUAGACUAUUGUUUUUAAUCAAUUGUAACCUCCUUUUUUGUUUGUAUUCAUUUGACAAAGCCGUAUUUAAAAGAUCUUGUUAGUCUGAUCAAGAAAGCAUUUGUCCACGGUGAUUGUAUAUAACUUGUCAUGUAUGGUCCAAACUCAUGCAGAUUAAUGGGCUAAUCCAAUCCAGAUGAAUUAUGUUUGUUAUACAACUGUGAACUGAAUCAUGUUUCGUAACAAUUAAGAUUACUCUUAUCUGAUGAAUUAACACAGGGAGAUGGAGCCUAGGUGAUGGUUUUGUGGUCCUUUAGAUAAGUCACUGAGGGCAGGUAACAGUAUAAUCGGUAUCUUGUCUUUUUCUAAGGUACAUGUAUAAUAUGCAAAUUAAGCUGCUAGUUUCCUCUAUUGUGGUGAAGUCCUUCCAUGUGCUUUCCUAGCCUGGUCCCUGAUCUGUUUGUACUGUCUAGGACCAGGCUAGUCUAUCAAGGCCUUUCCUAGCCUGGUCCCUGAUCUGUUUGUACUGUCUGGGACCAGGCUAGUCUAUCAAUCAAGGCCUUUCCUAGCCUGGUCCCUGAUCUGUUUGUACUGUCUGGGACCAGGCUAGUCUAUCAAGGCCUUUCAUUUCCUGGUCCCUGAUCUGUUUGUACUGUCUAGGACCAGGCUAGUCUAUCAAGGCCUUUCAUUUCCUGGUCCCUGAUCUUUGUACUGUCUGGGACCAGGCUAGUCUAUCAAGGCCUUUCCUAGCCUGGUCCCUGAUCUGUUUGUACUGUCUGGGACCAGGCUAGUCUAUCAAGGCCUUUCCUAGCCUGGUCCCUGAUCUGUUUGUACUGUUGCUCUUCCUCGGAUCAGGAUGGUGCAGUGUAAUAGACCCCAGAAGGCUUAUUUCUUUACCACAGCAGUAACUACUACCCAACAGUUGCCUCUUAUCAGUGUAAUAUACUGACUGUAACAAUAUUGUUCGUCCAUUUUAGAAAUGAACUGUAAAGAAACAGGCUCUGUAAAACUCAUAGUUAUAUAGGCGAGGGACUGUAAUAUAGUGACUUGACUCUUUAAGUGCAUGUGCCUGCAAUAAAACUGUACGAACAAUGCAUUUUCAUUAAAACAGAGACUGGA